CACAACCCCCAUCACCUUACAAACUUSAAGCUGCAUUCCAUUAAACAGUGAUAUUAUGGAAAAUGAGCAUUUAGAAGGACAAAGUAACUUCUAAUCACUAUAGCAAAAUUCUAAAAUCGACGUACUCAUAAGCGUGCUUCUCAACAAMAGUGUAAAAGCAAGUUGUCAUGGUGCCGUCCUACAAUGUAAAAGUCUGUCUAUUCGAUUGAGAUUAAUAAGAUAAUGGGGCAGUUUCAUUUGUGGUUUUGUGCUGCCAYGGUGCUGGCUCUUUUUCCCAACAGUUUAUCGGCAGCAUUUGAGUGGAUUACAAUUCCAUCAGCUUUAACAAGAAUAGAAGGACAAAGCAUGACUUUAACUUGGACUGUCAAUAUUACAUCUCAUACUCCAUUKASCGUGAARGUCUGGCAAAGAAAAAACGGUGCAGAUUYUGAUGUGUUGUUCUAUUAUAAUGGAAGCGUUGAAGCUAGAGGAGCCUAUGUGAACCGAUCCGCAGACGUCAAUCUAAUAGUUCAUCUUCAUGAAUCCAUGCUAAACGUUACGUUGUAUAUGUUCAAUCUUGUAAAAAGCGCUGAUGAAAGUGAAUACGAUGCAACGAUAACCCUGAAAAAUGGAGAUUUUCAGACAGCUCCAAAYACGACUUCAUUAACAAUUCUGGUUCCUCCCAGUAUCACAAACUCGCCAUCGUACACUAUCUCAACCAUUGAAGGUCAAACCGUCCAGUUAAUGUGCAAUGCUACUGGUUUCCCGACACCAACAGUUAACUGGACAAGAAACGAUGUUUCAAUCGGCUCAGGAAAUCCGAUUCAAAUCCAAGCCACAUCCCAAGAUCAUAACCGCUGUUACACUUGUGUUGUGUUCAACGGCGUGUAUGGUGCUAAGACGGCCAACGUUUGUCUCACUGUGCAGUAUAAAUUCAAUUGGACAUUAACACCAUCGUCAUCGUUAACUAUUCUGUAUGGACAAAACUUGACUCUCACUUGGAACGUCGACCUGUCUCCUUCCAUUGCGUUUCAGUCAGCCACUGUAUGGCAGACAAAGGGCAACAAUAGAAAUCCUGUCAUCUCCUAUUAUGUCAACGGUAGUACGGUGAUUUUUGACCAAGCUUUUAAAAACCGAUCUGCAGACCUAGCAUUAACAGCUAUCCAAUCAGGAUCCAUUGUCAGUAUCAGAUUUGAGUAUGCYUACCUCAUUAAGAGCACUGAUGAAGGUGCGUAUGGCGUAUCCGUGACUGCAGCAUCAGGAAACACUGAUGUUUCUCCCAACAAGACAAAUGUUACAAUUAACGAUAGAGAGAUCUGGAUGACAUACCCACCAAGCUUGACAAGGAUACAAGGACAAAGUAUGACGUUAAUAUGGAAGGGUAACUUUCCAUAUCAAAMGUUUCUAUUUGCUAAAGUCUGGAUAUCAAAGAAUGGUGAAAAGGAGGAUGUCGCUUUUUAUAAAGCUGAAAAUGGCACAGCUGAGGCUAGAGGGUCCUACAUUAACCGAUCAGCACACAUUAGUCUAACCGUUUCUCAAAUACGAUCUGUUGUAAUAGUGACAUUUGUUUUGGAAAAUCUUUUAAAGAACACAGACGAGGGUGCGUUUGAUUUAACUCUAACGCUUAGUGGUAACACUAUCAUAGCUCCAAAARCACCACUUAUGAUCAAUGUACCACCAGACAUAACAAGCUUCCACCCUUACACUAUCUCCACCAUUGAAUCUCAGAACGUUGAUYUGAUGUGCAAUGCUACUGGUUUCCCGACACCAACAGUUAACUGGACAAGAAAUGGUGUACUUGUUGGAACAGGAAGCCCAUUGAGCAUCAGAGCCACACCCCAAGAUCAUAACAGAUGUUAUACUUGUGUUGUGUUUAAUGGCGUGYAUKAUGCUAAGACAGCCAAUGUUUGUCUCUCUGUGGAAUUCAGACCAAUAGGCCCACACCAGUUUACGGUCGAUCGGUCAACAGUAUGCCAGAAAAACAUGGUUAAUAUGACAUGUCAAUCAGGACCUGCAAAUCCCCCAUCAUCUGUCUACACAUUUUAUUACAAUGGUGUUUUUCUAAAAAACAGCUCUAGUAAAGUUUUARUSACUAACUUGACUCGUGUCGCUGCUCCUGAAGUGAACCAGUUUACUUGUGUCCCAGCUAAUCGUCUUGGAGGUACUUCUCAAAAUGUAACGGUUGACGUCAUCGCCAAAGUUCCGCCUGCUGUCACACAGACUACAAAUGACUCUAUUGUUGUCGAGGGAUCAAAUCUUACUCUGACGUGUAACGUGUCUGGGACACCACCACUGAAUGUAACUUGGAAAAAAGAUAGUAAACUAGACUUUCAAGGGAAUGUGUAUGUUUUGACCAACAUCAAGCGUGGUGAUGCUGGUGCCUACCACUGUUCUGUCACAAAUGGUCCUGAAUGUCCUUCGAAUUCCGCCACUGUUAAUGUGACUGUUAAAUAUUCUCCAAUUAUUUUAAAUGGAAAUGCCACCUUUUCUGCAAAAAUUGGCGAAAGAGCUCGGUUAUUAUGCGAUGCGAUUGGAGUGCCAACGCCAAGUAUCAACUGGACAAGAAAUGGUACAGUACUUUAUACUGGGAAUCCAUAUAUUACUCCUCUUCUGACAAAAAGUGACGAUCAUACUUCCUACACGUGUGUGGCAUUCAAUGAAAUUGGUGUUAACAGUUCAAACCUUUUCUUGUCGUUAUACACUGAGGUGAACAUUACCACUCCAUAUCCCCAAAUCAUCACCGUCAAUGAAAGCAACUCUGCAAAACUAAUCUGUGGUGCUACUGGUAGACCCACCCCGACCAUCAACUGGACAAGAGAUGGUGUGAUAUUAUACACAGGAAGCCCRUUCAUUACUUCAUUACUGAGUCAUAACGACGAUAAUGCAUGCUACACUUGUAUUGCAUACAAUGGGAUAGGAGAUGCAAAAACCGCUAACUAUUGUUUAAAUGUACAAUACGCACCCAGAAAUGCAUCACUGAUCAUGGAUCGAAAAACAGUUUGUCAAAAUGAUACUGUGAAUAUGACAUGCCACUCAGGACCAGCAAACCCCGCCUCUUCCAAAUACAAUUUUUACCACAACAAUGUACUUGUACAAAGCAGCCCUAGUAACAUUUAUGYUGCUAAGGCGAGUUACGGUUUACCUGAAACGAACAUGUUCACUUGUUUAUCUAUUAAUCUUCUUGGUAAUGGUGUGCAGAAUGCUUCAAGUACUGUAUCUGCCAAAGUUGCACCUCAUUUCAGUCGGAUGAAUAACCCGGUUGUGGUCGAGGGAUCACGACUUAAUUUGACGUGUGAUGUGUCUGGCACACCACCACCAGCUGUUACGUGGAAAAGAGAUGGUAAAGAAGACGUUCAGGGAAAAGUGUACUCUUUGAAUAACGUUACACGUCAUGAUAACGGCGCUUACCUCUGUGUAGUUGACAAUGGUUCUGAAUGUCCUUCAAAAAGUGCUACAAUCAACGUUACUGUACUUUAUGAACCCGAGUCGAUCCAGUUCAGCAUCGAGCCAAGUCUAAAWCGAUUUUGCAAAGGAAACACCACAGUCAUUUCGUGCAAUGCUACUGCUAAGCCACCAGCAGAGUACUCUUUGUACCAUAAUGGUCGUCUAGUACAAAGCAGAAGCCCCACUGGAAGGUUUAUUGUUUCAAUGAAUGAAAAGGGAGACAAUUAUUAUACUUGCGUACCAAACAACACUGCUGGAAUAGGGUCAAACAAAACCAUACAUGCGUUUGUUGUAGAUCCUCCAGCUAUAGUUAYGUCRCCUCAGAGUUCGACGAUUGAGGAAGGGCAGCGAUUGACGCUGUUCUGUAAUGCCUCCGGACUUCCACAGCCAAACAUCACAUGGCAUAAGGGUGAUGGAGGCAUAAUCAUUCAGUAUGGUAAUACACUUAGUAUCAAUAACUUGAGGAGAGAAAACGAAGGAUCUUAUCGAUGUGUAGCGAAAAAUGGAGAARAAUGUAACACUGCUAGUGCAGUUGCAGUCGUAACCGUUAAUUAUCCUCCUGUUAUAACCACUCCAAAUCCUAAACUAACGGUCAAUGAAAGCAACCCUGUACAGAUGUUCUGUAAUGCUACUGGCAAACCAUCACCAAGUAUCGUUUGGUUAAGAGAUGGUAUCGCAAUCCCUUCAAAUGGCGGCCUAUUAACGACUCCGCCUUUGAACCAUAGCGACAAUGACGCCUGCUACACGUGUGUUGCACAAAACGGGAUCGGGGUUGGCAGUUCAAAGAAGUUCUGUCUAAAUGUACUGUACAAGCCAAGAAAUACWGCUCUUCUUAUUCAUCGUUCAAAGGUGUGUCAGAAUGAAACAGUCAAUAUGACUUGUCAAUCAUACAGCGCAAAUCCGCCAUCUUUAAGCUAUAGGUUCUUCUACAACAAUGUACCCAUGCAAGACAGCUCGAGUAAUGUUUUCAUCACGAAUGCARCWCUUGUCUCACCUGACGURAAUAGAUUUACUUGUAUUCCAAGAAAUCUUCUUGGUGAUGCUGUUAAAAAUGCAUCARCUGACGUAAUUGCUAAAGCUCCUCCAAAAAUUACUGAGAUCACAAAUAAUCUAGUGGUUGUCGAAGGUGCGCACGUAAAUUUGUCUUGUGCAGUGUCCGGAACGACCCCAAUAACAACAACAUGGACAAGAAUUGGAAAACCAGACUUUCAAGGAAAUGYGUAUUCUCUAUUCAAUAUAAACCGAAGUGAGAAUGGCGCCUACCUAUGCACAGUCACUAAUGGUGCAGAGUGUCCUUCAGCAAGUGCUACUGUCAACGUCACUGUGAACUACAAACCGGAAUCAACACAAUUUAACAUUUCACCAAAUCGAAGACUAUUCUGUAAAGAAAGCAAUGUAACCUUCAGAUGUAGUGCAAGCGCMAAACCAGGAGCAGUCGAAUACUCGUUGUACCGCAAURAAUACUUGGAGCAAAGAAGGAGUGAAACUGGAAUAUUCAUUAUUCAGCUUAAUGAAAGUGGAGAAAACAUGUUURCUUGUGUACCGAACAACACUGUUGGCGAAGGACGAAACCGGACAAUUCAAUUAUCAGUCGCUGAUGAUUUUUCGAUAGUGGUGUCACCUCUAAAUGUGAGUGUUGUGGAAGGAAAAAAUCUGACGCUACAUUGUAACGUGUCUGGACAUCCAGCACCAAACAUCACGUGGACCAAACUAAAUGGAACCAUAGUAGGUUAUGGCGAUACACUGGAUUUAAACGGUGUCAACAGAGAUCACGAAGGUUUCUAUCGAUGUGCAGUUAUUAAUGGAGUAGAGUGUAGCAAUGAGACUGCAGUUGCAUCAGUCACGAUUAACUAUAUGGCAACAAUUACUGAACCUCCCCCAAGGAAUGUGACGCUAUAUCAUAACAAUCAACUGAAAUUAACRUGCAAAGUUGAUGGAAAUCCAUUUCCGAAUAUUACCUGGAUAAGAAAUGAUAGCAUCAUUGGGAGAGGAUCCAAGUUACAACUGAAACCUGCUGAUAGCUUGUCAGGAAAAUAUACGUGCUCAGUUAGCAAUGGCAUUGGCUCAGUCAAAACAGCAACUUCGUAUGUUAUGGUAGCUGCAUGUCAAAGCCACAAAUGUCAAAAUGGAACAUGUGUUACUUUGGGUACCACGUAUAGMUGUCAAUGUGAGGCUGAAUUUAAUGGUCAAUACUGUGAAACGCAUGUUUGUAAGAAUCAUCUUUGUAAAUACAAUACUGAGUGCGUCAGUACACCAAGCAGCUAUCGUUGUUUAUGCUUAAGAGGUCUGAAGGGAAUUUACUGUGAUACUGAAGAUCCAUUGCAUAAUUCGUUCCUGGUAACAGUCACUAUAGAAAGUCCUGAAUGGGUGCCUGARUAUGAAGACAGUAAAAGCAAAGAAUUUGAGAGUCUGGAAAACAACAUUUGUUCAAAUAUGUUUUCCAUCUUCAAGAAUGAUCUUAUUAAGUGCAAAGCUAUUUCACUUAGAAAAGGAAGCAUCGUCUCACAAACCGAGCUGACAUUCAAUGCAACCAAGACAGAAAGUGAAGUAUUGAAAUCGCUGAAUAGCAAAACAACUGAUAACAAAUUGGGUGACAUUGAGCUUAAACCAUCCUCGUUGCAAGUCAAGGUUUACAGUAAUCCAUGCACUAAAGAACCAUGCAAGUUUGAUGGAGAAUGCCAAGCACAGAGUAAUGGUUUCACGUGCGUGUGUAAAUCAUUUCGAUAUGGAGAAACAUGUGAAAAGGGAAUAGGCAUUGUUCCAGGAAYAAUYGCCAUUUUUGCUGCUGUCCUUGUUUUGCUGUUUGCCAUCUUUUUGUUGSUCAUCUAUUUCUGUAGUAAAAGGAGAGAGACCGAUUCUAAAGAUGGWCCAGAUUAUGAUCUUACAAUGUGA